AUGGUUAGCCGCCGAUUAUUUCAACAGCCAGACGACGUCAGAGACGCGUUGAAUGUUGAUUCUAGGAUGUUCGCCAACCGACGACCUCAGGGUAAAUUGAUAAAGUCCGGAUUCCGUACUUUAUCUUUGGGUCCCUUGCCGUCAAAUCGUAAUUUUUAAAUCCAUCGUUUCACCGUGUUCAGACUCAGAACACACUAGUCGAACACAGCGUUGAUACUUUGCGUAGCUUCUGAAACUUUCGCGUCCUGUUUUUGCCCGUAAAAGAUGACAGCACGAACCGACUUUUUUUGAUAAUUUUCGAUUAGGGCUAAAUUACUGGAAUUUGGUCCCAAUAUGACAAACGAUACAUCAAACGAAAGCCUGAAAUCUCAGCUACAAAAUGUUGUAAUAUUUCAAAAUUCCAUCAUCGCUUGCCUUUUUUAGAGGCUUUAAACUUUUCCCCUCUCACAAAGGGUCAUUAUUUGUUGGACAACCUAAUAUUUCGGUUUGCCGUGCGGCGGAGAAAAAUUUUCAACUGUUUUUGAGUUCUCUUUUUCCAGGCUGUGUGCUCGUCGCCUACCUUCGACUGCCUGAAUACGCGCAGAUUAAUUUAAUCGAUAAGUCGGAUAACGUAAACUUUCACAUAUCCAUUCGCUAUUUUGGGAUUGUUUUGAAUUCCCAGACUUUCGGCAAAUGGGGUGAUGAGGUUGAUAUCUGCUACGGACCAGCCACACGCGAUGAAUGCACAAACCACGGCGACAUCUCGGAAGUGAUCAUUGAGAGAGUGGAAGGCGGUUACAAUGUCAUCAUGAACGGAAAGCGAAGAAAUGAGGCCGUUUUCCCCGACAGAUUGAGGACGGACCCGAUCUCUGUGUUGGUGAAAAGUGAAACGGGCAAGAAUUUCGACGUCACUGGAAUAGUUGUUUUGUUACCUGAUCCACCCGAGUUGAAGAUGGAAUAAAAAAUAUUUUCUGAUGACGACGGAUUUUUUUCAUUUUUUUUUGAAUUAAAAAAUCGCCAAAUUUUUAUGGAAAUUGUUGAAUGGAUUUUGGUAAAAGUUCCUUAUUUUGGCCACAACUUCUGGUCGGAAUUAGCCCAAAUUUAGCGUGCACGCUCAAUUCAUCGUUGUCAAUGCCCGGACAGUGGAUUUAGUUAGUGAGGUACCUUCUUUUUUACGUACCAUCUUACCCUUCAAAAACGGCUGCAGCCUGUGAUUUUACACUUUUUACGAUGAAACAUGUCCGGAACAAAACUUAUUGCCUCCGUAUGGAACUAAAUGAGUCAUCACAGCCUUCGUGGGUACCCUUAAAACUAUAGAGCUAUUAUAGUAAUUCAGUGCCAGCCAGGUCGAAGCGUUUUUUCCUAACUUUAGUGCCCAAGCUUGGGCGCAGUUCGCGGAGUACCUUUGUUGUGGCCAAAAUAAGGAACUUUUUCCCGCUGGGUAAAACUUCCUUUUUCUGGCCCCACCGAAAAGAAGGUUUUGCAGCUCGCGCCCGAACAAUUCCGGUUGCAAGGAAUUUCAGGCUUUUUUCUAUUUUUAUUCGCAGUCUGCAGGGAAACCAGGGCGCAAACUGCGAAGCGCGGGGCCAGAAAAGGGAAAACUUUCUCGGAAAAACUGUUUUUGAGCUCUCUUUUUCCAGGCUGUGUGGUCGUCGCCUACCUUCGACUGCCUGAAUACGCGCAGAUUCAUUUAAUUGACAGGUCCGGUAACGUAAGCUUUCACAUAUCCAUUCGCUAUUCUGGGAUUCUUUUGAAUUCCCAGACUUUCGGUCGAUGGGGUGCUGCGGGUGUUAUCUGCUACGAAAAAGCCAUACUCGAUGAAUGCACAAACCACGGCGACAUCUCGGAAGUGAUCAUUGAGAGAGUGGAAGGUGGUUAUAAUGUCAUCAUGAACGGAAAGCGAAGAAAUGAGGCCGUUUUCCCCAACGGGGACGAAGGUUUUAUGGGGACGGAAGCAGACUCUGUUUUGGUGAGAAGUGAAACGGGCAAGAAUUUCGACGUCACUGGAAUAACUGUUUUGUGUCCUGAUCCACCCGAGUUGUAGAUGAAAUAAAAAAAUAUUUCGGGUUGACGACGGAUUAUUUUUUUUUUUUUGAAUUAAAAAAUCGCCAAAUUUUUUUGGAAAUAGUUGAAUACCUUACCGUAUGAGACAAUUGUGCGUUUUUGCGGGCGAAUGCUUGAAGUAAUACAAACACUUUUAUUUGGAAUACAGGAUGAGCCAAAAAGUAGUCAAAAUUCAAACUAGUUGUGUUCCGUGUCAAAGGUCAAAGUUUGAACUUAUAUAAUACAAAAAAUCGAUUUUUUGUAGCCAUGAAAAAUCGAAAUUUCCAAGAGUUCGUAUUUUUGAAGCAAAAUUUGCAUAGUUCAAAAUUCGUCAAAUUUUUCAACCACAAAUUCGAUUGGGAAAUUGGUCAUUUCCAACUCCUUUACAAUGCUGUUUGGUCGAGUUUUUGUUUUGGUCUUUACGGUGAGUUCACUUCAGAUAUUUCAGUUGAUUUAUGUUUCUUUUUCAGUAUGCCAUCGUUCAAAUUGAAUGUAAUAGUACGCAAUGGGCCAACGAGUACCAGUUGCCGUAUCAACUCAACUUUACGGACAACCGGCGCUUUGAGAUUGGUAAGGAAUCCUGUGUGUGUAGAGAGAUGAUAUAUCCGUCAACAUGUUUUUUGAAAAGAAAUCUUGCUUUUGUUGACCAUCUCAGGGACCUUCAAUAAAACUGUAUUAGGCAAGAAAGGGGGCCACACCUCAAACUGAGGAGUCCGGUGACCGGAAUAGACUCUUCGCUAUCGGUUUUUGACACUUUGUCUUGAUUUCGCAGUGAAGACAGAGAAAAGACGCGCAAAACGUACUCUCUCGCCUCAAAAGUUCCCCAUUUCUUCCCCGACAAAACGUUUUUUCACGUCUUUUUUUUGGCAAAUUGCCAAUCCGGACUGUCUUAGCUUAUCUGAGUUUGACGUGGGCCAUGCCGAUUUUAAAAAUCAAUUUGUUAAAAAUUGCGGGAGAUUAUUUGGAGAACGUUCCUUAUUUUGGCCACAACAAAGGUACUCCGCGAACUGCGCCCAAGCUUGGGCACUAAGGUUGGGAAAAAACGCUUCGACCUAGCUGGCACUGAAUUACUAUAAUAGCUUUAUAGUUUUAAGGGUACCUACGAAGGCUGUGACGACUCAUUUAGUUCGAUACGGAGGCAAUAAGUUCAGUUCCGGACAUGUUUCAUCGUAUAAAGUGUAAAAUCACAGGCUGCAGCCGUUUUUGAAGGGUAAAAUGGUACGUAAAAAAGAAGGUACCUCACUAACUGAAUCCACUGUAUGGGCAUUGACAACGAUGAAUUGAGCGUGCAGGCUAAAUUUGGGCUAAUUCCGACCAGUUUCCGCAAAGUUAUAAGUUGUGGCCAAAAUAAGGAACUUUUACCGAUUAUUUUACGAUUGAUUGGCAAAAUUAAAUCUUUGCUGCCUAACUCUAAUGACAACCGACGCAACCCAUAGUAUUGUUGACCCGAACUGUCACUGACCCGAAAUUUCGUGGGCUUUUUGCAUGUUUUUGGAGAAAUUGACCUUUUUGCUGACUAACCCUCCCUACCCUCUUUUUUCCAGGCUCCAUGAUCAUAAUCUACGUUCAACCGCAAGAGCACGGCGCGAUUGAUUUACGUGACGAGAACGAUGACAUAAACUUACGCAUAUCUAUUCGCUAUCGGGGGAUCUUGUUGAAUUCGAGGUUCCAGCGUGUUUGGAAUCAGAAUAUUUAUAUCUGCGGAGGAGACGAGUACUUCGAGUGCACAAACCACAACGACAUCUCGGAAGUGAUCAUUGCGAGAGUGGAAGGCGGUUACAAUGUCUUCAUGAAUGGGAAACGAAGGAAUCCGAACGUUUAUCCAAGCAAAGAUGGGACGGAAGCGACCUCUCUGUGGGUGCUGAGUGAAGUGGGCAGUAAUUUUGAGGUCACCGGAAUAACUGCUCUACUACCUGAUCCACCUUAG